AUGCUGCCACCUGUGCCGAUGGCGACGCUGGCCUCGCGACCCGUGUCAACUUCAUGCAUCGAUGAACUUACACUUCACGAACCUCCGACUGAUGUCUUCGCUCCUUUCGUGACCGCCAUUCCCUUGUCGUUCCUAACAUCUCACCACAAUCUCAGGUCUUCUGCAGAGUCCCAGCCAAUCGUACCGCACCUGCCCUCCCCUUAUCCCCUUCCCAACACGCGUGCAGAUCCAAAGCCCGACCGAGCCGUUCUCGUAGCCCUUGCGGAACGGAAUCGCGAGCUUGACACCGCAUUGCAGCGUCAGUAUCAGGUCAACAAACGCGUCCCCGCUCUGGAAACCGCUCUGUGUGCAGAGCGGGCAGCUCUUCGGACAGCACGGGAUACUAUCGCUGAGCUCGCCGCAUCUGUCGCCGCUCUCCAGGCAGACCUUGCACACUCGCAGUCUCUUCUCAAUCGUCAGCUGGACAACGACCAUGCACGCGUGCUUGCAGCAGAGAACACUGCGCUGACGACGGAGCGCUUGCGCCACCGGAAGUUCAUCGAGCUUAUGAUCGCAAUAGGCGGGCACAAGCCUGUACUUGACCGAGCGUACCGGGACCUCUCGGCUGGAACAGACCCCGAAGCCGCUCUCGUCACCGCGAUCAAGGAGGCUACCGCACGUCCAGAUAGUGUUUGGGCAACACUACUGGAGCCUCUGAUCGGUACUCGUACUCCGGAAGAAUACCUGGCGCAGGUGCAGUGCACACUUCGUGCGAGGAAGGAGCUGCGCGAUUGGCGGAAGCGUGCCAAAUUCUGGAAGAGAGCUGCGAGGGAAGCCGAUGCUCAUGCGGCGACGGUCACUCCAUCCCCGUCGGACGUCUCAUCUGUCGUUGAGGUGCUUCCACCAGCGCGUCAGGAGGCAGUGAACACGCUCCUGGAGGGUGUCCGGAACGGCACGCAGCCUCUUAGGGUAAACAAACGGUCCAAGACCACAGAGUUCGCUGUGUCUCCUGCAGCGCUCCCCACGACUUCGUCCGCUGCGAGUGUUCCUCCCCUAUCUGUCAUGACGACGCGACCGUCCUCGACUGUCCUUCCGGCCUCCCAGACGUCAUCCACGGUCCGGCCCUCAACGUCCUCCUCGUCUGCGUACGCAAACCUGGCUCCACUUGCGAGUGAGACAUUCCGGGCCAGUCACUCAAUACCUAGUGUCACCUCGCGUCGUUCCUCCAUAGCCUUGCCCUUCACAAUCUCGCCUUCGUUCCCCCGAUCACUGUCUGGAUCAACAGGAUUCGGCUUCGGGUCCAUGUUCGGGUUGAACGCGGGCGCAGGUGUGGAGUUGAAGGCCCGCAGGGAGAGCAUCACUCCGUCCGCAUCGGCGUCCACACAGGCGAGUACCGCGUCAACGAGGUCCAGACGCAGGCGGGCGCACCUCAUCGCCCUUGAACAGGCACAGGAGGGGUCGGAGCAGCCAGCAGAGGAAGCACCGCUAACUACGGCAGACCCCGUGGUACCGGAGGAGCCUGAGCCUGUGAACGGGACCGAAAGCAUCGUCAACGAGUCUGCCAGUAUGGAUGAGCGUCCAGAGACCCCCACGGUCUCUGCUUCCGAUUCAAGCUCUAGGCCUUCUUGCACUACCCCGACUGCGGCAGCUCCUGCUCCAAGCACGCCCAGCAAGGAGCCCACAUCCUGUGACCACACGGGCGAAGUCCCUUCAUCUUCGGCAACGCCCUCUUCAUUGGGAUCAUCCAGCGCGAACUCGCUCAGCCCGAGCCCGCAGCGAAAGGACUCCGUCCUCAAGAGUUCGGACUUGGAUGAAGCACAGUUCGACGACUCAGACGAGCUGGUAAUGGUGAUGCAUAGCGACCUCCUCGAAACGAAUACGCCAGAAGCCUUCUCGCGCUCGCCCAGCCCCAGAGAGAGGCAGACUCCGAGUCCAGAGAAGCGGUCCCGUCUGCCGGUGCCAGUGCUCAGAAACCUGAAGGCGAUCCGACGGCUGUCGAUCUCGCGGCCCGUCCUCGUCAAUACGACCAACGCUGCGACCUUCACUUUUUCGACCAAGGCCGCGGUCGCGAAGAUGACUACCAAGCGCGCUAAGGCGGGUGCUGAUAGGAAGGGGAUGCGGGUAAGGGACGAGAACAACGAGGGGAGUCCACGCGGGAAGGGGGUGCGCGGAGGGGACCGAACGCAGGCAGCAGUGCCGGCGGGAUCCCCGUCACGCCCGAGCAAGAUCCCCAUGGGGCAGCGAAUCCAGCAGUUGCAUGGGGACUUCGUUGGCAGUGCGCGGCGGGUGGUGCAGGCGAAGACACGCACGAAUCGUCAGGUUUGA